AUGAUCAAAAAUAUAUUCAACGAAUAUUUAAAACAUUACGACAAUAAAAAUUUGGGAUAUGAAGAAAAUGAUACUAAUAUACCUUCCAAAGAGUAUUAUAAUGAAUACAUAUCUGAUUGGAGGUGGUUUAGCAUAAAAUGUGAACGUAUUAUUGAAAGUGAAUUAAAUAAAAAACAUCUACAAAAAAAUGAAAAGAAUGAAUAUAAAAAUAACAUAACUGAAAUCGAUAAUAUAUCGACUUUCAGAUCUUUUUUCCCAAAAAUUUUGUUAAAUGCUUAUAGCAGAUAUAGUAACCCCAAAAAAUUUUUCGAUAAUUUGAUUAUCCAAAAGUUUAAUGCUGUCGUGUUUUUCUGCGAUGCGAGCGGGUUCUCGAGCCUGGCUGAGCAAUUGGAUAAAAAGAUAAAUGGAGCAGAACUUCUCGGAAAUUGUUUAAAUAAAUUUUUUAAUAUUUUGAUAAAAAUAAUAGACAGUUGGGGUGGAGAUAUUAUAAAGUUCAGUGGCGAUGCAGUUAUGGUUAUUUGGCCUUUAAAUGUGAAAAUGAAAAAAAAAAUUCCCAAAAAAAAAAAAGAAACAAAAUUAGUUGUAAAAGAAAAUAUAGAAAUAGAAAGCCAAAAUAAUGAAAAAAAAGACAGAAAAAAAAAUGAGAUAAAUAAUACUAAUGAAAAUAAAAAUAUAGAUGAAAUAAAAAUAAAUAAAAUUAGAAGAAUAUCUUUAUUGGCUUUAGGAUGUUGUAUGAAUAUUCAUAAAUUUUUAAAUAAAUUUCCAACCCCAAUUGAAAAUAAAUAUUUAAAAGUUCAUAUAGUCAUUACAUAUGGAAAAGUAAACUUUUUACAAGUUGGAAAUAUAUUAAAUAAAAGGGAUUAUAUAUUAUCUGGAAAACCUUUAGAGGAAAUUGGAUUUGGAGAAUCAUUAGCAAAAGAUGGGGAAACAGUUAUUUCCUAUUCUUUUUAUAAAAAUAUAAAAGAUAAAAUUGAAAUAAAAGAGACGUGUAAAAAAAAGUUUUAUUUAUUAAUAAGAAUGAAAGAAGAAUUAGAUAUAAAUAAAUUAAAAGAAAAUAAUUAUGAAAAAGAUGAAAAUAUUCAAAAAAACAAUGAAAAUUUAAAAAAAAUAAAUAAUGAUAAAAAAAAUAUUAAUGUUUGUAAAAAUUUUGAUCUUUUAUUAAAAAGUUUUAUACCAGAUAUUGUAUAUCGAAAAUUAUCGAUUGGAUAUAAUAUAUUUUUUAAUGAAACUAGAAAAGUAACAGUCAUAUUUGUAUCUGUAAAAGAUGUAGAUACAUCUACAAUGACAGGUAUAUAUUCAACUCAUAGUAUUAUGAAAUUAACACAAAAAGCUGUUUUUACAAUGGAAGGAACUAUUAAUAAAUUUAUAUUUGAUGAUAAAGGGAUUUUAAUAUUAAUUAUGUUUGGUUUGCCACCAUUAUAUCAUUCAGAUGAUUCGAUAAGAGCUUUAUUAACAUGUUUUAGAUUAAUAGAUGGUUUGAAAUCUCUUAAAUUAAAUGGAAGUAUUGGGGUUUCUACUGGGAAAAUAUGGUGCGGAAUUGUUGGAAAUAAAAUAAGAAAAGAAUAUACAGCUCUUGGGGAUUCUGUAAAUAUAGCUGCUAGGUUAUGUUGUAAAGCAGGAAAUAAAGAAAUAUAUGUUGAUGAAAAUACUUAUAAUAAUUGUAAACAUUUUAUUAUAUUUCAAAGUUUAAUUUCUAUAAAAGUUAAAGGAAAAAAUAAAUUAAUAAAAAUAUAUUCUCCAAUUGGAACCAUAAAUAAAAGGGAAAACAAUAUAGAUUAUAAUGAUUUAUUUAUUUUAGAUUAUUUUACUGAUAAAGAAUUGUUAAAUAAUGAAAUUGUAGAUUCUUUAGACAGUGAUAAAGAAAUAGAAUAUGAUAAAAAAAAAAAUACUAAAAAAUUAUUAAAUAAUUAUGAAGAAAUAACUGAUUUUAAUUUUGUAAAUAAGAAUUUUUUGUUAAUAUAUUAUAAAAAUAAAUUUAAGGAUCGAAUAAAUGAUUUACUAAAUAGAAAAGAUUGUUUACAUUAUUUAAAAACAAACAAAGAAACACAAAAAAAUUCUUAUCAAAAUCAUAAAAAUAUAUAUUAUGAAAAAAAUUGUAUAUGUAAUAAUACUUUAAAUACCAACUGUUUUAAAUGUAACCAAAUAUAUAGUCUUUCUCCAUACUAUUUUUUAAAAAUAGAAUUAUAUACUGACUAUAAAACACAUACAGGACCUUUAUUUAUACAUGAAUAUUAUGAUCCAUUAUUUUUUGAUUUUAAAGAAAUAUACAAUGUUGGAGGUGUAUUAUUUUUAGAAGGAAAUGAACAUUUAGGAAUAUUUGAGCUCAUUAAAUUAAUUAAAAAAAGUUUAAAUAAUUUCAAAAUUUUUAAUAUUAGUAAUAUGCCUAACUCAUUGUAUAUAAAUAUUACAAAUCCAUUAUUGCCAUGGAAAAUAUUAUGUAACGAUAUAACAAAUAUGUGGAAAUUAUGUAAUACAAGAAAAAAAUAUUUAUAUUUUAACAAAGUUGAUAAUUAUAAUAUUUUAAAAGAAAUAACUCAUCCUUCAUACCAUUGGUUUUUAAAAUGUAUGUCUAAUAUUAUUGAUGAUUUAUAUAUUCCUGAUACAUCUAUGAAAAAAGAAACAAAAAACAUAAAUAAAAUAUUUGAUACUCAAAAAAUUAAUAACAUUGCACAUAUUGAAGCAUUAAAUGGCAGUCACUAUGAUGAAAACAGAAAAAAUGGGCGUGCGUUUUGUAAUAAGUUAGUUAAAAAUAUGAGGAAAUUUUUCUUUAACUCAACAUUAGAAAUUCGAAAUGACAAUCAAUAUGAAAGCAGAUCAAAUACAUUAUCUAAUAAUACAAGUGGUGUAAUAAAUAAGAAAAAAAAAAAAAAAUUAAAAGGAACACAAAAUGAAAAUAGUGAUAAUUCAAUUUUGUAUUCUUCUUAUGAAGAAGAAGAAGAAGAAGAAUAUAUAAACAUGAAAAAUGUAAAUAUGACAAAUAUAAAUAGCGAUUAUAUAUUAAAGAAUGAUAUGAAAGAAAAUAGAAUAAGUAUAAUAAAUUGUAUGAUAUAUAAUUUUAGUUUAUAUGAACACACAUUCAUUGUUUUUAACUAUCGAUCUGGAACAUCUUUAAAUAUAAGCAUAGAAGAACAUGCAUGGAGAAUUUGCAAAAAUAUUUCAAAAUUAGCAAUAUAUAAAAGAAACAAAAUUGUAAAAAAUUUUCAUAAAAAUUUAAAAAAUUGGAGAAAAAACCAUUGUAGAAUGUGUAACUUUUGUAAAGGAGUUGGAGAAAUAAAUUUUGUGAAUUUUUCUCAAAUUGAUGAUAACGAUAAUGGAAUAUCAAGUAAUAGUAGUUAUUUCGACCUUAGCAAUUGUCAUGGACAAAUUUCAGAAAAUAUAACUAAUAAAAUGAAUCAUAUUUCAAAUGAAGAAAACAUGCUUUUUAACAAACAAACAGAAAAUACAAUUUUAAAAAACGAAGAAAAGGAUAAGAUUUAUUCAAAUAGCUCUAAAAAUACAAUAAUUGCCGAAAAAAAAAAUAACAACAUAUCUAUUAAUUUAUUGAAGGAUGAAAAUGAUAAAAAUAUUUUUCAAAUGUUUAAAGAGCAAAAGUUAGUAAAUGAAAAUAAAAAAACAACUACAUUUUAUAAAACGAUAUAUCCAAAUAUACAAGACAACAUAUUAUUAUAUAUUGCUCAACAAAAAGCAAAACAAGAAACGGUUAAAAAAGAAUAUGAUAUGCAGACAAAAAAAUAUGCAGAAUUAACUAAAAUUAAUAAUAUAAAUUCUAAUCAUAUAAAACAAAAUGAAAAUAUUUUCAAUUUUUAUAAAUCAAGACAAUCUAAUUUAUGUAACCCUAUAUUUAAACCAAAAAAUAAACCAUUAAUAUUUUUAUUUGUAAAUGGAGCAAAAAAUAAUGAUAAUGUGAAAGAUUUAAAAAAAAUGAAAAAAUAUGCAAAAGAAUGUAAUGGAUAUAUAAAAUUAGAAAAUUUUGAUAAAAAUGAUUUAUAUAAUUUUGUUAGUUUGUGUUUAAAUGUUAAUGUUGAUAAAAUAAGUGAAGAAUUGAUAAAUUAUUUAAAUAAAAUAUGUUUUGGAUUUCCAAAAUUUGUGCAAUAUACUCUAUUUUACUUAUUAAAAAAUAAAUAUAUAAAACUUUAUAAGUACAAUACUCCAAAUGUUCUUGAAAAAACGAAUGAACAAUUACAUAAUACUGUUGGGUUGUCCACUAAUGUUUAUGAAUAUACAGACAUCGAGAAAAGGAAUUUUGUUUCAAAAAAAAAUAGUAAUUCUAAUAAUAAUUUUUCUUCGUUCAAAAAAAAUGAACAAAAUUUUACUAAAAGUAGUAAAACACCUCGAAAUUUUAUUUCUUAUUACUAUAUUAAUAAAGCUAGCCAAAAUAUUAUAAGAGAACAAAAUAAGUUCCUCAAUUUUACACUUUAUCGGGAAACUAAUAAUACCUCAAUAAAUUCAGACUAUUCAAAUUAUGACCCAAAAACAGAAAAAAAUAAAAAUGAAAAUAACAAAUCUGAAAAUCUUUACAAAUUUGAAAUGGAAGUCGUUAAGGAUUUGGAUAAUGCUGCAUUAGUUCCUCGUCUGAUUGCCUAUUGUAUGUUCAUGAUUGACAGCUUAAGUGAAGAAGAUCAACUUUUAGCAAAGCUUUGUUCAUUUUUUAAAGACAAAUUCAAUAUAAAAAAAAUGGAAUGCAUAUAUCCAAAACCUCUUUCUAGAUCUGAGCUUAAAAAAAUUAUUGUAAAUUUAGUAAAGAAAAAUGUAUUUCAAGUUUGUGACGACAAUAAUAAGAAAUCUAACACAACGCCAAAAGAAAACAAUGUCAACUCUAUACACAAUAUUAAUUUUAUAUAUAGGCAUGUGUAUAAUAAAGUGGAUAGUAUUUCUGCGAAUAGAAAACCUAUCCAUUUAAUUUUUAGCACAAAAUCGGAUAUACCAGAGGAAAAUAUUUUUUUCCGUAUAGCAAAUUAUGCCCUAAAAAAGGUUUUAAACGAAUUAAUGGAAAAUGAAGAAAAAAAAUACAUUCAAACUAUUUACAAAAAAUAUAUAGAAGAUUAA